AAUUCCCAAACAAGAGGUAACAGCGUGUAUGUGUGUGUGUGUGAGAGAGAGAGAGAGAGAGAGGAGGAAGACGACGAUUUUUGCUCACUGAUUGGCCACUGAUAGGAGCCAAGCUUCCCAUAGCGUCAUCGCUCACUGCUAACUGCUAGGCAAAGAAGCUUCACUUACAUGUAUUUUUUACCGCCGGAGCUUUGUCGUUUUAGCCACAGGCUAACUCUGUCUUUGGCCAAAUUGAUUUAUAAGCUCUCACCGCUAGCUGAACCUAACAACACCACCAAAAUAUCUUCAGGAUUUACAGGCUUUGCUCCAUUAGUUUAGUUGUGGAUUAUGUUAGAUGAGAGAACAUGGAAUUUGCUAGAUGGUUACAUAUAUGAACAGAUUGGUUUAAGGAACAGUUAGAUGCUUUCAAAUGGAUAUAGAUCUUGAGCAGCCUUCAGGAGGAUAUCAUAAAGAAGAUAGUGCACCAAAUGUGAGUGUUGACACGGUAGAUGGUGGAGAUGAAGGGUUUUAUAGAGAUCAAGGGAUUGUGAGUUCACCUGGUUUUGUUAGAAAAUGUAAAAAGGAUACAAAUCCAAAUGUUAAUAAAAGAGCAUUGGAUGGUAAAAGCAGGUCAUAUGCUGGAGAUGUAAUCAACUUGAAUUCUUCAAAAACUUUAGAGCCUCAUGAUGGGAUGGAGUUUGAAUCGAAGGAGGAAGCUUUUUCAUUUUAUAAAGAAUAUGCCAAAUCUGUUGGGUUUGCUGUCAUUAUAAAGGCGAGCCGUCGAUCCAGAAUCUCUGGAAAAUUUAUUGAUGCGAAAUUUGCUUGUACUAGAUAUGGGAACAAGCAAGAAUCUAUUUCGGCUGAAACUCCAGAAGGUGUCUCGAUGGAGGGCUUAACAAUAUUCCCUAUUAAGAGAAAACGAGGCCGUAUUAAUCGAUCAUGGGCGAAAACAGAUUGCAAGGCUUGUAUGCAUGUUAAGAGAAGGCAAGAUGGUAGAUGGAUUAUUCAUACUUGCAUAAAGGAGCAUAAUCAUGAAAUUUUUCCUGACCAGGCCUAUUACUUUCGGGGGCAUAGGAAUUUAGAUCUAAGUACAAGCAAUGUUGAUGCUCUGCAUGCCAUUCGUGCAAGAACCAAAAGGAUGUAUGUUACCAUGUCCAGGCAGUCUGGCAACUAUAAGAAAGCUGACAAUCAAAAGGGUGCUGUUUCAAAUCAAUUACAAGCCAGACAAAAUUUGGCUUUGGAAGAAGGAGAUGCUUAUGCAAUGCUUGAUCAUUUUAUAAGCAUGCAAGAUGAGAAUCCGAAUUUCUUCUAUGCUAUAGAUCUGAAUGAAGAGCAGCAAUUAAGAAAUGUUUUCUGGGUUGACUCCAAAGGUAGGCUUGACUAUUGCAAUUUUAAUGACGUAGUAUUUUUUGAUAUAACAUACAUCAAGAAUGAAUAUAAAUUGCCAUUUGCUCCCUUUAUUGGAGUGAACCAUCACUGCCAGUUCCUUUUACUUGGAUGUGCAUUGCUUGCUGAUGAGACUCAAUCAACAUAUGUCUGGCUCAUGCGGGCAUGGCUGAGGGCAAUGGGUGGACGUGCUCCAAAAGUGAUACUUACUGGCCAAGACAAAGCAUUGAAAGAAGCUAUUUCAGAGGUCUUUCAUGAUUCUCGUCACUGUUUUUGUUUGUGGCAUAUAAUGAACAAGAUUCCAGAGAAGCUUGGUUAUGUGACAAGACAACAUGAAAAGUUUAUGAAUAAAUUCAAUAAAUGCAUUUUCAAGUCUUGGACAAAAGAGCAGUUUGAAGAAAGAUGGUGGAAAAUGAUUAAUAGAUUCAAUCUAAGGGAUGACUUAUGGUUGCAGUCCUUAUAUGAAGAUCGUGAACACUGGAUACCAACAUACAUGAAAGACAUUUUCCUAGCAGGGAUGUCUACGGUCCAAAGAUCAGAAAGUGUAAAUUGCUUCUUAGACAAAUACAUGCAGAGGAAAACUACGCUAAAAGAGUUUUUAGAACAACACAGAGCAAUUCUUCGUGAGAAGUCUGAAGAAGAAGCAAAAGCAGAUUUUGAAACUUGGCAUAAACAACCGGCAUUGAAAUCUCCAUCACCUUUUGGGAAGCAAAUGGCUGCAAUUUAUACUCAUGCAAUAUUUAAGAAAUUCCAAAUUGAAGUUUUGGGAGUAGUUGCUUGUCACCCGAAGAAAGAAACCGAAGACAGAACGAAUAAAAUUUUUACGGUUCAAGAUUUUGAAGAGAACCAGAAUUUUAUUGUCGAGUGGAAUGAAACAACAUCAGAUAUAUCGUGUCUUUGCCGUUCGUUUGAAUUUAAUGGUUUUCUUUGUAGGCAUAUGAUGAUUGUUCUACAGAUGUCAGGUGUACACAGCAUCCCAUCACAAUAUAUAUUGCAGCGAUGGACUAAGGAUGCAAAGAGUAGACAAGCACCGAGAGAAGGCUCUCGUGUAGUUGAGUCCAGAGUUCAACGGUAUAACAAUCUAUGUCAACGGGCCUUUACAUUGAGUGAUGAAGGGUCUUUGUCUCAAGAGAGUUACUAUAUUGCAUUCAAUGCAUUGGAGGAAGCUUUGAGAAAAUGUGAAAGCAUUAAUAACUCAAUCCAGGAUGUGAUAGAACCAAAUUCACCAACAACUCAUGGUCCCCCAGGCUGUCAAGGAGUGAACCAAAGUAACAGCAUUAGCAAGUCAAAUAAAAAGAAUGGUGCAUCUAAAAAGGGACAGGGGCAUUCGGAGCCAGAAGUCAUCAAUGUUGAGAAUCAUGAUGGCUGGCAACAAAUGGGACACUCAAACCUACGAGCACGAGUCAUUGAUUGUUCUUAUGAAUCACAAGAGAGUGUGCAGGGAAUGGAUCAACUGCACUCAAGAGCACCAAACCUUGAUGGCUAUUUUGGCUCCCAACAAAUUGUUCAGGGAAUGAGUCAAUUAAACUCGAUAGCUCCAAGCCGUGAUGAUUACUAUAGCAGCCAACACAGCGUACAAGGCCUGGGACAUUUGAACUCAAUUGCACCCAUCCAUGAUUCUCAUUACUUAACACAACAAAGGGCGCAUGGGAUGGGACGCUUGCAUUUGAGGUCACAAACUAUUCCGAGUUCUUUCAGUAUCCAGGACAGUUUGCAUGAUGUGGUAAGCAAAUUAUCGCGUGGAAUCUUUGGCUUUUCACUUCCUGCUCUAAUGGGAUCUGCUUUCAGGACCAGUCUAAUAUGGGAUCCUCGCAGCUGCAUGGCAUGACAUCAAAGCAUUUACUUUCAAAGAACUUGUCUUGAUAGGUUUUGCCCUUUUGUUGAGCAUGCCCUUGAAGUGAAGGAAGAACUUAGUACAUUAGUGCAAGAUACUGGUAAACAAGACCCAGCUCUUUCUGUGUUAAGGAUCGACUGCUAUUUGCCUGUGCAAAGAUAUGGAAAAACUUGGGCUCACCAGGGAAAGUGAUACAAGUUCUCUUCAGCUAGAAAUAUUUUUGAACUGUAAACUUCUUGGCUGAUGGUGCAGUUUGUCUAAAUCAUGUUGUAAGUUAGUCAUUUCCUUUGUAUAUAGCAUUCAAUUUAAUUAUUCAGUUUCUUAACCAUUCUUUAA